AUGCCACGAAUCACAGCUGGCGUCACAGCAGCUUCAAAUGUGUUGACUUUAAUUACACCAACUCCCAGGCCCUCAAAGCAGACAACAGAAGGCCAUCUGUCCGGCCCAGCUGAUGGAAAAUCAAAAUCGGCAUCGACAUCAGCUGGUGCUUUGAAACAAGAGACCUCUACAACCAUUGCCUCUGACUGGAGCACAGGACCUUCCCUCCCAGACCCUACCCCAACGGAGGACAAAUCAGCUCUGAUGGUGGCAGCGUUUGGUGUCAUCAGCUUCAUAGUCAUUCUGGUAGUUGUUGUUAUCGUCCUGGCCAGCGUGGUCAGUCUGAGAUUCAAGUGUAACCGUUCCAAAGAUGCAGAAGAUAAACAGAAGCCGGGGAGCUCCAUGGUAUCUGAAAGCAGUUGCUCUCCUGCUACAGCCAAAGACAGCAUCACUCUGAUCUCCAUGAAGAACUUAAGCAUGAACAACAGUACAAGUUACCCCUCUUCAGAAAAGGUGUUAUGAAGACAGUGACAUGACAGGAGCCAUGAGAAAACACUACUAGCUAAUCAGCACUGACUUUCUAUUUUGGCAGGGGGAGGCAUUUCCUUUAUACGUUAUUACAUCCUUUCCAAUCAAUAUAUUUACUCUAAAAUCAAGCUCAGUAACCCGAUGUGGGUCAUAAGAGUUUUCUCCAGCUGGAGCCAGCCUCUCAUAAUGUUUGAUGUUCUCAUAUAUUUCUGAUAGGCACACCAAUUUCAGUGUGUUCUAGCAGCUCCUAGGGGUAGGAAAACCAAACGUACAACUUCACUGAUGACACAGACUGCUCCUUUAAUGACCCUUUGACAUCUGUGGCAGACAAUCAUUGGCUUGCCCCACAGCUGAUCACAAACAUCCCAGUUCAGCUUUGCACUGAAAGGCAUGAUUCAAAGCCCACUGAAACAAACAGAAAGACUCCCAUUAACUUCAGUAGGUGUGGAUCAGGCCUGAAGUCAAUGCUUAAGUGCUUUGCUGAAUUGAGGCAUAAUUGCUGAUAGCCCCUCUCCGUGCCUCAAUUUUCCUAUCCAAAGCAGGGAUGAUGUUUACCUACCUCACAAGGGUGUUGUGAGGCUACAUUAAUUAAUGCCUGGAAAGCAGUUGGAGAUCCAUGAAUGAAAGCUGCUGGAGAAGUGCAAAGUAUAUUAAUUAUCAUUUUUAUGAAUUAAACUUCAGCCAGUCAGACAUGUUCCUAUGACUAUAGUAAGCUCCCUGCUGGGAAUAUCCAUAACCCUUCCUUGAUGGCAAAUGUGGUCUCUGAGUAUAUGAUACUUCCAACAGGUCUGUGCUCUGAUCCCUUCUGAAUAGGGACAGCAACAUCUGUUAGAUGAAAUGAUUCAGUUACUUGGAAUAACAGAAGUAAAGUCACUUUAACAGAAUGCAGCCUUUUCUUUGCUGCCAGUCUUUGGUUCCUAACUAACAGCUCCAACAAGCCACUGGGCUUAAGACUAUGUCUACAUUUAAAAUGCUACAUACCACAGCUGCGUCUGCUCCACUGUAGUGGAGACAAUACCUACAACAACUGGAGGGGUUCUCCUGUCACUGUAGUUAAUCCACCUCCCCAAGAGGUGAUAGCAAGGUCAACAGAAGAAUCCUGUCAACCUAGCACUGGCUACAGCUCAACUAGUUUCCUGGGUCAACCUAACUUUUCAGUGUAAACUCAGCCCUCAGGCAGAGAGACCUUGGCACAUAAUCAAUGUACACUGGUGGACCUGAACACCAGCCUGGGACAAACAAUCAGCCACAUGUAAUUACAUUUCAGCCCAUUCUUGAGGGCUCUGUUUAUUCUUCAGCACACAAAAAGAAACAUGAAAUAAUGACACAAGCAACAGUCCUGUUUCUGAGACUGUUCCCUAGUAGCAAAAGGGUCUACUCUCCCCCAACUUGGGGGGGGUCUUCUUGCUCCUCAGAGCCUUCUGCUACAGCCACCAAAGAGAGUACAAUGAACUCUCCUGGGCCCUCAUUGAUAUCCUCCACCUGGGAAUCAGACCCAAUCAUUAGCUACUGUCCAGCUGGGUCAGCUGAUCCGCAGCACCUGCCUCCCUGGCCCAAAAAGGAACAAACCACACCCUUGUUACACUCCCUAUACAACACAUAACAGGAAAUGUCAAUGAGAGUUUCUGCCUAGGCAUUUAUACUGUGCUCAUCACUGUGAUGUUUGAGCAGUGGUACCUCAGGUUUAACACAGAUGUUUCUUUGUAACAUGUUUGUGGCCAGACCACCUCCAAAGCUCUGAGCUUUCAAAAGCUAAGCAAUGCUGGGCCAGGGUAUUUUGUAGAUUGGAGUUCUCCAAGGAAGAUGCAAAGUGCUGCAGGAAAUGAUAUUGAUGGGUGCUCCUUACACCUGCAGUCAGUAUUGAAUGCUGAGCUAGCAUGCUGGAGGUGGUGUCCUUUGGGCAAGACAUAGAACAGAGAUCCUAGGACACUUUUGGUAAUAGCACAGCUGACCUGUUCAACUUCCCAGCCUCCUAGUAUGGCAGAAUUACAUUGUGCCUACCUCCUACAUUUUCCUAACUUUCAAAUGGAUCUGGGGAUGUUCUACAACAGGGGUCGACAACCUUUCAGAUGUGGUGUGCCGAGUCUUCAUUUAUUCACUCUAAUU